AUUUUCCUUGAGGCACAGAACAAUCAAAGUAAAAGAAAGCAAAGGAGUGUCGUAGAGAACGCACCUGUAAACUCACAGCACAGUGGAAGAUAUCCGCAGGAUAGCGCAGACAGCCCGACAGCCACAGAGUCCAAGUGUUGCGCUGCUCCAGGGUGAAAAGCUGGGACGCACGACACGUCUCCCCUCAGGAGGACGAUGGAGGAUGUUUACCAGUAUCCGGUUUUCUUCGAGUGCCAGAGUCCGGUGCCUCGGGAGCAGAGGAGGGGGAUCGAGAAACACUUCUCCCUGCGCGGCAGAUCAGGCGGAGGAGACUGCGGGCCGCUGACCAGUGUGCGGGAUAACGUGUUCAGUGUUGCCUUCAGGAGCCUGAAAGUUCAGCAACGUGUCCUGCAGAGGUCUGAGCAUGUGGUGGAGUGUGCAGGUGAGACUCUGGUGCUCAGUGUACGAGACAGCCCGGAAUCUGACGCCUCUCCUCCCAUCGCAUCCUCCACCCCGAGCCACGACUCAACAUCUCCAGGGGAGAGUCUACAGUCUAUUCCUGCCUCCACUCCGCCACCAGGUGGUGAAGAAUGUGAACUACGACCUGAUACCUACCUCCUUCAAUUUCUGAAGGAAUGUCCAAAGGCAGGGGCAGAGCUGGAGGCGGAACUUGCCUCUAUGGACUGCACUGCUCAGCUGUUCCCAGAAGAGGGCAGAGUUUUAGUGAGGAGAUCAGCUCAACCUGCUGCUGGAGCAGAAAGUAGAAGUUUGAGAGCUGAGGUAGACAAACUCUUAGAUGGCUACCACUGCCACUUUGAGUUUGAGCCUCUCAAAGUCAAAGCUUUGCUUCAGUCCUGCAGCUCUGGUCACACCACAGGUGAUGUGAGGGUGUUCGGUGAAAUCGGGAUGGCUGUUGUGGUUGGUAAACGUUCACAGGUCAAUUCCAGGUUGAAGGAUGUAGAAGACUCUACUGUUAAAUGUAGAAGGUCCCGAUUGAGUGAGAAGCAAACCAGCACUCGUCGAUUCAGUGAGGCCAAACUCCGCCUCCUCUGGAGAGAGAUUGAGGACGGUUUGGGACGAAGUUUUCCAGGAGUUAAGGUCACACGGGGAGAUGCAGGUCAGGUGGUUUUAGAAGGGUCUGUGGAGGAUAUUCUGGAGGCUGGAGAUUGGAUCUCUGAUAAACAGAAUCUGGUGUUAGAAAGGAGAGUUCCUAACAUGAGCCCACGUCUUUUGGCCUUCGUGAGGAAGGCUUAUGGAGGUCCAGGGGAGCUGCGGGACUUUCUAGGGGCUGGUGACGAGGUGGAAAUAGAGUUACGAGACACAGAGCUUCGUUUCUUCUCCCUCUCUCCUGAUAAACUGGACGACCCAGUAAAUGAAAUGCAAAAAAAGUUCAAGGAAAUCGAAAUUGACUUACCUAUUAACACUGCUGCUUCAUCUGAGCUGUGGGAAAAGCUCAAGUCCAAGACAAAUGAGAUGAACCGAGGGCAGUGUAGGGUUCAGGCAGUGUGUUGCUCAGACAGCAGAGUGUGCUUACUGGGCCACACCCGAGAGUUUGAAGAGCUGAAUGAAACUGUCAAAGAGUUUAUUUUGCAAAACGCAAUAAAUCUCCCUUUCCCAGAGUUAGCACAAGAGUUACAGGAAUUUCUGACGCUGCAUGGUUUUGACCUUUCAGACGUUACCUUCCAUCCUCUGACUCUUUCCUCUGGGUGCAUGUUGGUUAUGGAAGGUCCAUCCAGCAAAGUGACUGAGAUCAGGAACCUGUUGGGUCCAUUUCUCGACUCCCUUGUCCAGGACACCACUGACCUGAUGGCGGUUUUGAAUUUGAGAGUAGGAAACCAAACAAGUGCUAGCUCUGGCCUCUGUGACGGCCUCCAGGUGGUGGUGUGUCAGGGUGACCUUAGCGAACAGAAUGCUGAUGCCCUGGUUGAUGCUGCCCAUGAAGAUCUGCAGAACCCUGGUGAUGUUGACGCUGCAGCGGGUGAAACAGGCGGUCCUGAAGUAAAAAGGGAGAGAGUCGUCUUAGUGAAACAGGCCUGGAAAGUUCCUACAGGUGACGUGAUGGUGGCCACAGCGGGGGACUUACACUUUGCGGGUAGCAGAGAAACGUCCUUGCUGGAAAAAACUGUCCAGUUCACUCUGAAUGUGGCAGAAAGGAUGGAGCUCAAGUCUAUAGCCAUGCCCUGUAUCAGCCCGGGUCUGUUAGGUGUGUUGGUGAACGGGUGCUCUGAGGCUAUUGUGUCCGCUGUGAAACAGUUUUGCACUCAGGGCGGACGAAGUCUGAGCACAGUGAUCCUGAUAGAUAACAGAGCAGAGGUGGUGAGGGCCAUGCAGAAAGCAUGCGGCAGACUUCUACAAGGGAUAAGUCCCGGAAACACUACACAGCACGAUUUAGGGUUCCAGAUGGAUGCAGCUUCCCAACAUUUGGCAAGUGAAGCCACUGCUGGAGCCACUGGAGACAAUGUCCAUGUUGAGGCUGUUCAGGGAACUAUUGAAACCCAGCAGGUGGAUGCCCUGGUGUCUCCCAUGGUUGGAUACGAUCCUCUCUCUACAGCUGUUGGCAACACUUUGUCCAGCAUAGGGGGCUCCCAGUCUAAUUUGAUUCCUCUGUUUAUAAAUGAACAAGGAGAAGAAUCUAUGGCCGGUGAUGCGGUUCUGGUGGAGGGUGUCACUGGACUUCAAUCUAAAGCAGUCUUCUUCCUCAACCUGGUUCCCUGGGAUGAUGACGAAGAGGGAACUGCAGUCCAGGUUCUGAGACUGGGCAUCUACAAAAUCCUAACUUCCUGCGAGAACCGAGGGUUUGGAUCUGUGGCUCUCCCUGUGCUCGGGGCGGGGCUUGCCUUGGGUUUUCCGCACAGAGUGGUUGCCAGGGUUCUACUGGAGGAGGUCCAUGACUUUAAACAGAACCGAGCUGGUACAGCGCCGCUCCUGGUUCGAAUCGCCAUCCACCCCACUGACACUAAGGCUCGUGAGGUCUUCAACGGAUUCAUAAAGAAUAUGCAUCAACCAGAUGAAGCGACGGGUUCACUGAGAAUCCUCUUGCUGGGAAAAACUGGAUCUGGGAAAAGCACCCUUGGUAACAGUCUGUUUGGGGUCGAGGAAUUGUUCGCAACAAGCUACUCUUCCAGGUCUAGAACAAUUAAAUGUCAAGAAGAAACCAGACCUGUAAAUGGAAGAAGCAUCACUUUGAUCGACACUCCUGGUUUUUUUGAUACGGACCAGUCUGAGGUGGACAUGAAGGCUGAGAUAACGAGGUGCAUCGUACAGUCCGCCCCUGGGUUUCAUGCUUUUCUCAUUGUGCUUAAAGUAGAAAGAUUCACUGAGCAGGAACAGGCCACCGUCACUAAAAUACUUCAUAACUUCUCUGACGAAGCUCUGAAAUAUGUCGUAAUCGUCUUCACUCAUGGUAACCAGCUUCUGGAAGGGGAGAAAAUUCAGGAGUUUGUCAGUCAGAAUAAGAAUCUGAGCGAUCUGGUGCAGAAGUGCGGUGGCCGGUGUCACGUCUUCGAUAACAGAUACUGGAAUAACAGUAACAAGAACAGCUACAGGAACAACCAGUUCCAGACAGAAGAGCUUCUGAGCACAAUAGACAAGAUGGUGAUGGGAAAUAAUGGGGGCUACUACACCAAUGAGAUACUGCAAGAAGUGAAUGAGCAAAGAAAGAUGGAGGAGUGGCGUCUGCAACUGUCAGCAGGAAACAAAUCACCGGGAGAGAUCAGACAACAGGCUAAAACCAAUGUGCUUGACAGGCUUUUCAAGCUUCUCACAGGAACUGCAGCAGGAGUAAUAUUAGGAGCUUUAUUUGGUGCAGCAAUGACGAUGGGAGUAGAUAUCUCAUCUGUGAACCACUAUUCAGAUUUACAUAAAGUGAACUAUUUUAAACUAGCAAAGGGAGUCGUCUCAGCAGUGAAUGGAGAUAAAGUGCUGGGGGUCCCUACUGGAGCCUUGAUGGCAGCAGGAGGAGUAGUAGGAGGAAUAGCAGGAGGAGCUGCUGGAUAUGAUGCAGGGAGGGGAGCGGAUUCAUAUCAGGAUGCAGCUAAGAAGGCAGCUAAUGCUGUCAUUGAGGGAAGCAAACUUUUAAAACUGAAGUAACUGAUUUCCUGGCCACUAGGUGGCAGUGGAACAACCUGGAAACAUAUAACGUUUACUCCAUUUUCACAGCUUGUUUUUUUUGUUUCCAACAUUUAUGCUGGAAAAUCUUUUUAGCUGCUAAAUGUUCACCAGCCAGUGACUAACCUUUCUGCUCUAUAUUAUAUUUUGAUUGAUAAAAUAUGAGGUACCAGAGUCAAGAGUUAAUCCGUCUGUUCUUCUAAGGGCUUCAUGAAUGUAUGUUUGAACUGCACCUACAAGCUCUGGUUAACAGGGGGCUCCCUACAGCAGCAACAUGCUUUGUUAAAUCAGAUGCCACUGAAACAGUCAGACCCAGUUGCAACUACGAAACCUUGAUUUGUACAGUUUCUGAUUCCACAGGGUUUUUUAAAACCUUUUUUUAAUCUUUUGUUCUUGGGUUUAAUUUUCCUUGACACAAACAGGCCUUGUUAUUUUCCUGGGAGGUCUGCAGUACCUCUGGGCUGCAUCAUGUACUCUCUGAACCUUUUCUGCACAUUUAUCAGCUCCUAGACUUUUCUCAUGUGUUAACCUGAAUGCUGAGCUGAUGUACGCACUUGUAAGAAUGAAUAAAGUAACAAUUGACGACAAUCAAGACGUUUACAAGUCU